CGUUGUGAGGAGUUUGAGCCGUCAUGUGAUAGAAGAAUGGCGGCUGAGAGGUUGUCGGUGGGCUGGGUGUCUCUAAUACUUUUCCUUUCCUCGGUCAGUGGUAACCGACAGAGAGCAGAAAAGCUGACUAUAGUGAAAGACCCAACUGUUGGUUAUCCUUGGCCUCUGCCUCAAUAUUUUGUCCCGUCUAGCAAUGUUCUCUCGGUGGAUGCUGGCAGUUUUGAGUUCGUGGCAGCCACUGUCUCAUGCGAUAUUCUUCAAGCGGCAUUUUCCCGCUACCGUUUUCUGACGUUUCCUUCUUUGGGGUCAGAGACGAGAUGGGAAACACCGGACAACACAUUGAGGUUCAAGCCACACAGAGGGCCACAAGUUGGGGGUAGCGUGCUCAAUUCCCUGUCCGUGGAACUGAGUGAGAAUUGUGACGGCAUGAUCUACCCCAGCAUGGAUUCAGAUGAGUCGUAUGAGUUAUCCAUCAAUGAUCAGGGCGCUAAGUUGACAGCUAAGUCUAUAUGGGGAGCACUGAGAGGCCUGGAGACAUUUAGCCAGCUGGUCUGGGAGGAUGAUUUCCAAGUGUACCGAGUGAACAAAUCCAUGACCCGUGACUUUCCCAGAUUUUCCCACCGGGGCACUUUGAUCGACACGUCCCGCCAUUAUGUCUCUGUCAGGAAAAUCAAAGAACAUUUGGAUGCCAUGGCUCAGAACAAAAUGAACGUGUUUCACUGGCACAUCGUGGAUGACCAGGCCUUCCCAUACGAGAGCUAUACAUAUCCAUCACUGAGUCAGAAGGCAGCCUACACCCCUGAUCAUGUGUACACUCAGGAAGAUGUGCGGGAAAUCAUCGAGUAUGCCAGAAUUAGAGGAAUAAGAACUGUCCCAGAGUAUGACUCGCCAGGCCACACAGAAUCUUGGGGUCUAGGUCAGUCUGACCUUCUGACAACGUGCUACUCUGGGGGUCAGCCUGAUGGGUCCUAUGGCCCCGUUGACCCCUCCGUCAACACCACUUACACAUUCUUGCAGAAUUUCUUCAAGGAGAUAGCUGAUGUUUUCCCAGACAAGUACAUGCACAUGGGAGGGGAUGAGGUGUCCUUCCAGUGCUGGCAAAGCAACCCAAAGAUUACUGACUUCAUGAAACUGAAGAAGUUUGGAACGGAUUACUCAAAACUGGAAGAAUAUUACAUGCAGAAUUUGCUGGACAUCAUAAGCAGUCUACAGAAAGGGUACAUCAUUUGGCAGGAGGUGAUUGACAAUGGAGUCACUGUAAGUUGGACUACCUUAAUUCCCCAACCUGUUCGCAUAUGA